AUGGUUUUGAUGAAUGCCUUGCAUUUGAAACUGGCAUUGCUGGUCUGCACCACGGCGGCGGCGGCGGCGGCGGCGGAGGCCCAAACGAAACCUGGUUGCGACAACAAGUGUGGGAACGUGAGCAUCCCCUAUCCCUUUGGCACCAGCAAGAACUGCUGCAUGAAUGAAAAGUUUUUUGUGAACUGCACAACCACCACGACAUCAUCUGGACAAGCCACAACAAGUUUGAUUUACGGUACUAACAUUCCAGUUCUGGACAUCUCCAUUGAUCCUCCUGAAUUGACCGUCUCGGAUAAUGUUUCCAAGCACUGCUAUAAUUCAAAGUUUGGGUUUCGGUGGCACGUAAUUAAGUUCAGGAACUUUUCAAUAUCAAACACGAAGAACAGCUUCACGGUGGUGGGCUGUGACACCUACGCUUACUUCAAGGACCUGAACAGCAGCUUUAUAACAGGCUGCAUGUUGAGUUGCAGGAGCAGGACGAGGUUCGAGGAGGGGGCAUGCUCCGGUGUGGGAUGCUGCCAGACCAAUUUCCCCCAAGCCAUCAUGAACUACAAUAUUACCUUGACGAGUAGCAUUGGCAAGUACAAGGCCGUGCGGGACUUCAACCCUUGCGGCUACGCCUUUGUUGCCAAGGAAGGAUCCUUCAACUUCUCAUAUCGAGACCUGCUUGAUCUCAGCAACAGAACACAAUUUCCCGUCGUUGUGGAUUGGGCUGUUGCCAAUCAGACAUGCCGUGAAGCCCAGAAAGAUCCAAGCAGCUAUGCCUGCAAGCAAAACAGCAUAUGCAAAGGCUCAGAAAGUGGUAUGGGGUACUACUGCGUUUGUAAAGAAGGUUUCAGAGGCAACCCCUACCUCUCUUCUCCCGAUCUUGGCUGCAAAGAUAUUAAUGAGUGUGACGUAAAGAAUCGCUGCAGCUGGAGAUGCCAUAAUGUGGAAGGAAAUUAUACUUGUUCAUGUCCGCCGGGUUAUAGAGGUGACGGCUAUAUCGACGGAUCAGGCUGCAAAUUCCCUCUCAUGCAAAUUUCAUUGGGCAUUUCUGUUGCCUUCCUUUUUGUCUUCACAUUUGUCUCCACAUUAUGCUGGGGACACAAGCAAAGAUCACUAAAGCGACUUAGAAGAAUGUAUUUUGAGCACAAUGGAGGAAAUUAUAUGCUGCAGCAAAUUUAUCUUCAACAAGGACAUACUGAUAGGACCAAGAUUUUUUCCGAAGACGAGCUCAAAAUUGCAACAAACAACUUCGAUGAAAGCAGAAUCCUUGGUCAUGGAGGGCAAGGUACGGUUUACAAGGGUAUAUUGUCAGAUAACAGGCAUGUGGCCAUCAAAAAGUCCAGAAUUAGUGGAAAUCAUAGGCAAAUAAAGGAUUUUAUCAAUGAAGUGGCUGUACUUUCCCAAAUCAACCAUAGGAAUGUGGUUAAACUUUUCGGAUGUUGUCUUGAAACUGAAGUUCCUUUGUUAGUAUAUGAGUUUGUAGACAAUGGCACCCUUCUUGAACAUAUAGACCCACUAAAAAACAAGAACUCUCUUUCAUGGGAGACCCGAUUAAGGAUUGCUGCAGAAACAGCCGGGGCCAUCUCAUAUUUACACUCUGCUGCUUCUAUUCCAAUUAUUCAUCGCGAUAUUAAAUCUACCAACAUACUAUUAGAUCACAAUCAUAGGGCAAAAGUUUCUGACUUUGGAGCCUCAAGACUUGUUCCUCUUGAUGAAACCCAAAUUACAACUGUGGUUCAAGGGACAUUAGGGUAUUUGGAUCCAGAGUACCUCCUUACAGGUCAGUUGAACGAGAAAAGUGAUGUCUAUAGCUUUGGGGUUGUGCUUGUGGAGCUAAUCACCGGAAAUAAAGCAGUUGAAUUCAAUAGGCCAGAAGAGAGAAAUUUAGCUAUGCACUUUACAUCUUUGAUGAGGGAAGACAACUUGUGGAAGAUUCUCGACAAGCGAGUGUUGGAUGUGAAGAACGCAGAGCAACUAAAGGAAGUUGCUUUCUUGGCAAGGAGGUGCAUCAGAGUUAAUGGAGAGGAAAGACCGACUAUGAAAGAAGUAGCGAUGGAAUUAGAGGGUCUAAUUGCCGUGAAAAGGCAUCCUUGGGUAAAGGGAGAGGAUAUGAUGUCUGAAGUAUGUGAAUAUUUGCUUGGUCACGUGGCUAGCAGCUAUGGGAAUGCUCCUGCUGGCACUUCAGCUGGCUAUAAUGGUGGCUAUGGGAAUGCUAGUGCCGACACUUUAGCUGGCUAUGAUAGCAUACAGAAACAAAUGGAAUUUGAGAUUGCAGAUGGGCGAUGA